AUGUACAAAUUAAUUAGCUUGAUUUUAUUCAGCUCAGCAUUAUUAGUUAAUGCUCAAGAUGAAGAUACCACUUCAUAUACUGGUACAACAGUUAUCACUACAACACCAGUUGUAACUGCAACUACUACAGUUGGAUUACAAGAAGAAGUUUUUGGUACUGCUUACGUUUUCACUGAUGAAGAAGGUCAAUUAACUACUACUACAGUUUAUGCAAGUACAGCAACUGGACCAGCUUCAUUAGAAGCAGGUGAAACAACAGAUGCAGCUUCAUCAGAACCAACCACUACAGCUACAACAAUAGCUUCAACUGGAUUAUCAGCACCACCAACAACUACAACAGAAGAAUCAGAAGCAUCAGAAGAAUCAGAAGCAUUAGAAGCAUCAGAAUCCACGCCAGUUUCAUCAGCUCCUUCUGCUUUGGCUGCUGGUCAAAUCACAGCUAUACCAUUCUCAGUCCCAUCUGGAUCCUAUUCUACAUCUACAUCAACAGGAGUAACAACUUUAGAAAAUGGAUCAACUGCAAUUUUAGAAGUCGUAGUUUUACACACCGAAGUAUGUGAUUUAUAA